AUGCGGAAGCGUAUUCAUAUUGACAACACUAUUGAGUUUUUACGCGGCAGAGUAUACCUUGGUGCUUUUGACCACACUCCGCAAGACACAGAUGAGAUAGUCUUCUUUACAGUGGAAGACAUUUUGUUUUACAAUAGGUUUCAUUUGGACUUUGGACCGCUACAUAUAGGUCAUCUAUAUCGCUUCGCUGUUAUUUUCCAUGAGAUAUUGAACGACUCAGAUAACUCUGGCAAAGCGGUAGUGUUUUAUUCCUCGACGUCAACUCGCCAACGAGCCAACUCGGCUUGUAUGCUCUGCUGUUACAUGCUUCUAGUGCAAGGAUGGACGCCACACCAGGUUCUUCAGCCGCUAGCGCAAGUAGAUCCACCCUUCAUGCCGUUUAGAGAUGCUGGCUAUUCGAACGCGGAUUUUGAAAUUUCUAUACAAGACGUAAUCUACGGAAUCUGGAGAGCGAAAGAAAAAGGGCUAGUGAACUUGAACACAUUUGAGCUUGAAACCUACGAGAAAUUUGAACGAGUCGAAAACGGUGACUUUAAUGUAUUGACACCUGAUUUCAUAGCGUUCGCUUCGCCAGAAGAAGAUUCUCGUCACAAAACGAGCACUUCAAAGUCUCAAUUGAAUGGUCCCUUCCGCUCAGUGCUCAAGUUCUUUUCGGAAAAUAACGUUCAACUAGUUGUUAGACUGAACUCGCAUCUUUAUAAUAAAAAACAUUUCGAGGAUUUGGGUAUUGGCCAUGUUGAUCUAAUUUUCGAGGAUGGUUCAUGUCCAGAUAUGUCGAUAGUCCACAAUUUUGUGGGUGCUGCCGAAACAAUCAUUAAUCAGGGAGGAAAGAUUGCAGUACACUGUAAAGCGGGACUAGGAAGAACAGGCUGUCUAAUUGGUGCUCAUCUAAUUUACACGUAUGGUUUUACGGCCAACGAAUGCAUAGGCUUUUUAAGGUUCAUUAGGCCAGGCAUGGUGGUGGGUCCUCAACAGCACUGGUUAUAUUUGAAUCAACAUACUUUUAGAGAGUGGAAGUACACCAUGAGGUUAGGUCUUGAACCGAGUGAAGUUGUUGGUGAUCUUUUCCCCCUUGUUAGUAUUGACGAAUAUCGGCGUCAAAAGAAGACUAGAAAAUCUAUCAAGAAGCAUGCAGACCACAACGUGAGUGAUUACACGGUAGACGAUCAUACGAUAACACCUCCAGGAUCGGCACAAAAAAGGCAACUGCAAACGACAGCCGCAGUACCGCAAAACUCUCCAGGCCAGCCUCGGAAAGGUCAAAAUGGAAGUAAUAGAGUUGAAAACAUUAAGGACUUGAAAGAAACGCCUGUGGAAAACAACAGUGAUGAUGAGUCCAUGCAAGUUGACAGUAGCCAGGGCAGUGCAACUAGACGUGGUGGGCCGACGUCGGCUGAAGAUGAUGCUGUCUUGCGACAAUUACUACCAAAGAACAAGCGAGCCGUAUCAAGUGGGACUGGGAGAAGAUCAGCCAGUGGGCCCGGUAUAAGGAAGGUCUCUGGUACUGUUAAGAGGUAA